GGUCUGUCUGCGUCAGCUGGCAGUGCCUAAGCUCACAGAUGGACGACGAGGAAACGUUUGCGAGUGUAGCCUGGGACACGCCUGAGCACGACAAGCGCAACCAGGCCGAGGACUCUGCUUCCGCGACCCAAACGAGUCGACACAGCGACGUCAAUGGCGGAUUCGGCGAGUCACCUUACGCGGCCAUUCCUGGCCUUUCGGAACCUUCUCCUAGCAAAGAUGCCAUCGCUAGCAAUGCGUUCACCUCCUCGAUGCCUGGUAUAAGCCAAGUGACGGCCUGGAAGCUCGAUCUAUCGGUCAGCGAGCCAGUCAAGGAGCUCGAGGGCUCCAAGGAGGCCUAUGUCAGCUAUCUCAUCAGAGGAGAGACUGAUCUCGCCAACUUCACGAGCAAGCAGUUCGAGACGAGGCGGCGCUAUCAAGACUUUGUCUUUCUCAAAGAUCACCUCACCAAGGAUUUCCAAGCUUGCGUCGUGCCGCCUCUGCCUGACAAGCACAGACUCGAAUACAUCAAAGGCGAUAGGUUCAGCACGGAAUUCGUCGAGCGACGCCGAGCAGAUCUCGAGCGAUUUCUGCAGCGUCUGGCGAGGCAUCCGACCUUGUCGCGUUCGCGUCUGCUGCAAGCCUUUCUCGAAUCGACAGAAUGGACGGUGACAAUGCACAAGCAUCUCGCACAUCCGCCCAUACCCGACUCACCGCCAUCACUCCUCGAUAACAUAUCAGACACGCUCGUCAAUGCGUUCACCAAAGUCAGAAAACCGGAUGAGCGCUUUACAGAGCUCAGGGAGCAGCUCGAUAAAUUUGAAGAAUCCAUUGAUCGCAUUGAGCGUUUGCAUCAUCGGAUGAAAGGUCGUACUGGCGAUCUUUCUCAAGACUACGCCGACUUCUCGGGCUCGAUAGAAGGCUUGGGUUUUCUCGAAUCCGGUAUCACAGAACCUCUCGCACGGUUCGCAAGCUCGCUCGAUGAGUUUGAGGCGACCCUCAAGGAUAGCCACCAGGCCAUCUACAACCCCUUUAUGAGUCAUCUACAAUCUCUGCUGGCCUAUUCGUCGGCCUUUCGGUCGGUGCUAAAGCUACGAGAUCAGAAGCAACUCGACUUCGAAGGCCUAUCUGCCUACCUAUCAAAUAUGACGAGCGAACGUGAUCGCCUCGCAUCAGGUGCAGGACCCAAGCUGGGAAUCUCUGGUUACUUGAAGCAUCAAGUCGACACUCUGCGCGGAAGUCAGCAGGAUAUGUCACGCGAGGCGAGGAUGGCAAAGCUGGACUCAAAGAUCAAAGAGCUGCAAGAAGCAGUCACCGCGGCGCACACGACGAGCGAAGCAUUCAGUAACGAAGUACUACGCGAGCAAUCUGUCUUUGAUCGCACGAAGCAGAUCGAGAUGAAGAUCAUCCUCACCGAACUCGCAGAAGCACAGAUUGAGAUGCACAAAAAGACGAUGGACGACUUUGAGAAAUGCGUGCCGUUCUUGCAGCGGAUCAACGCAGGCACGUAAUGAUAGCAAUUCAUGCAGUUUGGUGUACAACAUACCAGUCAUGCAAUGUAUCCAUGUUGUUCCUCACUCUUCGAGCUUCGGAUAUGCUCGUCUCAUUGCUCGAUACUUCUUCAAAAAGUAUAGUGUUUCAAUCUCUUUCUUGAUGAACUCGGCUUUGGCUAUCGCAGACUUGAGCUGCUCCUCAUCGCGCUGACCUGCCUGAGGCGCAAAACAACGUCGGAGCUUCUCGUGGAAGCGAUAGUUAGGAUCAGGAUAAGAUCGGCCGAGCACAGACAGCUGCAGCCGUUUUCAGCAUCUGCCAUACAAGCAUGCUGACCGGCGAGCCUCUUUGUAAAGCUGCCUCGCCCUAAAGACUAGCU